AUGCACACGGUGUUAUCGCCACAUGUUGUGGCGCUUUGUCAGAAAAGCCUUGACUGUGCGUCGGAACUAGCUAGGAGAUAUGGUAAAGUUGUUUUUGAUUUGGAAAAUCUUUCAGGCGGGUUCAGUUCAAAAAACCAGGAGCAAAAGUUGGUGCAAACAACGUGUUUGCUUAGCGAAGUGGAGCUGACAAAAAAAGAACAGGAUGCUUCUAUUCAAGUGUUGACCGAAACGUGUGGUCUAGAUAAUUAUGCUGGCGCUACUUGUGCUGAAUCCCCAAAUUUCUCUGAUGCAAAAACCACCCACCUCUUGGCUCGCGUAGAAAAUGCCAUGGCCCAUCUUGACUUUGUCAUGACCCGAGCAGAAAUGGUGCAAAGCAGGAUGGCUGAGACCGGAGAGAUGGAAGUUUUGGAGGAACUUGCUGGGGGUAAGGCUUCACCAUCUCUUUUGGGAACCAUUCCCUCUACUACAAUUACAUCGUCUGGGCCCUCCAGAUCUCUAGAAGUUUCUGGUAAAAGUCUCCAUAUUUCUGCCGACAAUACUCUUGAGAAUUUAUUCACUGACAGGAACACCUCUACUACAUCUAGGAAUUCCUCUACAUCUUGGAAUACCUCUACAUCUAGGAAUACCUCUACAUCUAGGGACUGCUCUAUAUCUGAUCAUUCCUCCCGGCCCAAGCUUAUAAACAAAAACGGCCGCUGGAUCAGAAAUUGUAACGGCGUCGAUAUGGAAAACCCAGAAACACACAGAUCCACCGCCUUCGGUAGACUCAAAAGGGAUUUCGAUCGCCAGUGUUUGAAUAUUUUGAUCCUUGAAAAAGAACGCAAUAUUUUGCUACUCAAGGCCAAUACGCUAGAGUCUGCAAACAAAGCUUUGGAUGCAAAGUAUGCCCGUCUAUUGACCGAGGUUACCGAUCUCCGUCAAACAGUGGCCGCUCUUCGUCGAAAGCUCAGUAUCGAAGAAUCAAAGUGGAGCAGGCGUCUAGAAGUCGCCAAUUCUCGCUUGUCCAAAGCGCAACAGGACGCAAGCCUUGAUGUCUAA